AUGGAGUUGCUGAAUGGAACCACAGUGCAGGACUUCAUUCUGGUUGGCUUCAGAGUUGGACCGCAAGGGCGCCUUCUUCUUCUUGCCUUGUUCAUAGUUGUCUAUACCCUCACCUUGGCUGAGAACUUCCUCAUCAUCAUGCUAAUAGUUCAAGAUGACAGCUUGAGCUGCCUUCCCAUGUACAUCCUGCUGAGCCACUUCUCCUGGCUGGAGAUGUGUUAUGUGAGUGCCACUGUUCCACGGAUGUUAUUUGACUUAUCUUUCCCAGGUGGGCUCAUCUCCUUCCAUGCUUGCUUUCUCCAGUUUUACAUCUUCUUUUCCCUCGGCACUACCGAAUGUCUUUUUCUCUCUGCCAUGGCUCUGGAUCGCUAUUUGGCCAUCUGCUGCCCAUUGCGGUACCUUCAAAUCAUGUCCCGAGAUUUCUGCCACACCCUGGUGGUGUUAUCUUGGGUUGUUGGCUUCCUAUGGUACAUUACCCCAGUAUUUUUGAUCUCCAGGUUGUCCUUCUGUGGUUCCAAUAUUCUUAAUCACUUUCUGUGUGACUCUGGCCAACUCCUAGCCUUGGCCUGCCCUCCACUUGGGUACCUCCCUCUUUUCUGUUAUAUCGCCACUUCUUCUAUGAUCCUGGCUACCUGCUUGUUUAUUGUGGUCUCCUAUGCAGGUGUGGUUUUCACUCUGGUAAAAGCAUCGGGUCAAAAUACUGGCAUCAAAGGCUUUUCUACAGUGUCUUCCCACCUGGCUGUUGUGACAAUGUUCUAUGGAUCUGUGGUUGCUAUGUACAUAGGAGGACGCAGUGGAGAAAGCCACACUGAGAACACUAAAGUUAUAACACUCUUCUAUUCUGCCAUUGCCCCUCUGCUUAACCCUCUGAUCUACUGUCUUAGGAAUGAUCAGGUGAAAGGAGCCCUGGUCAGGUUUUUGAGAAGGAAGAGAGACAUUUAA